AUGUCUGAAAAACUCCCCUUCACCCACCCGGCGCCGGAGCACGCCGCCUCUGCCGCCCCGCCCCGCGCCCGCGCCCGCCGGACCGCGUGGUGGUCCCUCCUCCCGGCCGCCCUCUUCCUGACCUACCUCCACGCGCCGUCCUCCUUCGGCGGUCACGGCCACGGCCACCACGGUCACGGCCCUUCCGGCGCUGCCGCUGGCUGUCGUCAGGUCGACCCGCUCUUCCCGACCCAGAACUCGACCGGCCUCUCCGAGCUGGACGCGUACCUCGACACCCCCAAGUUCCGCAAUGAGACCAUCACCCGCCUGUCCGGCGCCGUCCAGGUCCCCACCGAGUCCUUCGACAACUACGGCGCCGUCGGCGUCGACGACCGCUGGGACAAGCUUUUCGCCUUCUCCGCCUACCUCGCAAAGACCUUCCCCAAGGUCCACGACACCCUCAAGCUCGAGCGCGUCAACACCCACGGCCUCCUCUACACCUGGCAAGGGUCCGACGCCGACCUGAAGCCCACCGUGUUCAUGGCCCACCAGGACACCGUGCCCGUCGCGCCCACCACCAUCGACAGCUGGACGCACCCGCCCUUCAGCGGCGCCUACGACGGCACCUAUGUCUGGGGCCGCGGCGCCAUGGACUGCAAGAACUCCCUCAUCGGCAUCCUCGAGUCCGUCGAGCUGCUCAUCGCCGCCGGCUUCGCCCCGAAGCGCACCGUCGUGCUGUCCUUCGGCUUCGACGAGGAGGUCUCGGGCCAGCGCGGCGCCGGCCACCUCGCCCCCGUCCUGCUGGACCGCUACGGCAAGGACGGCGCCGCCAUCCUCAUCGACGAGGGGUCCGGCUUCGACACCCAGUGGGGCAAGGACUUCGCCAUUCCCGGCACGGCCGAGAAGGGCUACAUUGACGUCGAGAUCGUCGUCCGCACCCCCGGCGGCCACAGCUCCAUCCCGCCCCCGCACACGGGCAUCGGCAUCCUGUCCGAGCUCGUCACGCGCAUCGAGGCGAACCCCUACGAGCCCGAGCUGAUCUCCGGCAACCCGUACCUCGAGAAGCUGCAGUGCGGUGCCGCUUACGCCCCCGAGUUCCCGGACAACCUGCGCGACCUGCUCCCCGCUGCCGACCGCCAGCAGGUGUGCAAGAAGCAGACGGACCGCCUGGCCCGCGAAGCCGCCAAGGCUGGCCCCCAGAUCAAGUACCUCUUCACGACCUCGGUGGCCACGGACAUCAUCGAGGGCGGCGUCAAGAUCAACGCGCUCCCCGAGCGCGUCCGCGUCGUCGUGAACCACCGUGUCAACGUCGGCGACCGGUCGGCGAGCGUCAAGGAGAAGAUCGCCGAGAUCGUGCGCCCCGUCGCCGAGAAGUACAACCUCACCCUGCACGCGUUCGAGGCCGACGGCGCCGCCGAGACGCCGUCGAGCAUCACGCUCAAGGACAACGACAGGGUGCUGGAGCCCGCGCCCGUCACGCCGACCGAGGUCGACGGCGUCACCCCCUACGGUAUCCUGUCGGGCACCACGCGCGCGCUCUACGGCGAGGGCCUCGUCGUCUCCCCCGGUCUCAUGACGGGCAACACAGACACGCGCUACUACUGGGACCUGACGAAGCACAUCUUCCGCUUCCUGCCCGGGUUCGACCCCGAGAGCGACGAGUGGGCGGGCAUCCACACCGUCGACGAGAAGACGAGCGUCAAGGGGCACAUCAACCUCGUCAAGUGGUACACCAUCUUCUUGAGGAACAUUGACGAAGCCAAGCUCUCUUGA